GCGUCUUGAUGGAUUUUACAACUCCUCCGACAUUCACGGCGCUGGACUUAUCUGAGUCUGAGGAUUAGCAAGAAACCGCAAGAAGCGACUCGAGAAUGCUCCGAUAGCGAGGUCAUUCAUAUUCAAUCUAGGGCGUCACAGGUGAUAUAUAUGCUGUGCGCGUCUCUCAUCGCCCUGUGCUUGGAAUACUCUUGUCAAAGGCACAUAAGCCGGAAAUUACAUCUGCGGAGGGUUCACCCUUAACUUUGAUUCAUCAUCUCUCGACACCUCUCAGUUUCUGUACCAAAAGCAACACAAGGAACUCUCCGAAGCAUUACAUCCUCAUAUCCGAUGUCACUACACCACAGUGCCAGUCACCACUCGCAGUACCGCCCUCAUUCUGCUAGACCUAUUAAUCAAAGCAUAUCCUAUGGCGGACAACCGGGGUACGGUGGGCAGUCAGGAUAUAGUGGUGGACAGUAUGCUCCGCCACAAUAUGUGCCCCAGGGACCCCCUCCAGGGGCGGAUCCUCAGUUGUGGCAAUGGUUCUCUGCGGUCGACACCGAUCGGUCAGGCGCGAUUACCGUGAAUGAGUUGCAGGCUGCGCUGGUGAAUGGAAAUUGGACGAGAUUUGAUCUGGAUACGGUGAAGAUGUUGAUGAACAUUUUUGACACGGAUAGGAGCGGAACGAUAGGGUUCGCAGAGUUCGCCGGGCUAUGGAAGUACGUCGCAGACUGGCAGAACGUCUUCAAACACUUUGAUCGCGACCACUCGGGAUCUAUAGACGGCCUUGAACUUGCGCAAGCGUUACGGAGCUUUGGCUAUAACCUGUCGCCAACUAUUCUCGCUCUUGUUGAGCAGAAAUAUGCAUCGGGACCUACCGGUGGUUACGGUCCACCACCGGGGAUCACUUUCGACCGCUUCGUGAGGGCGUGUGUUGUGGUGAAGACACUAUCAGAGGCAUUCCAACAACAAGACUCUGAUAGAGAUGGGUGGAUAACGAUCAAUUACGAACAGUUCAUGAAGAUUGUGCUGGCGGCCCCGUGAAAUGACCACGACGUAUAUCCCCUGCCAUGCCAUGCCAUGCCAUGCAAUUUACCCUCACUGGUCUAUUUUAUUUUUUAUGCUACGAACCUUCACGUUGUAUUUGUACCACAUCCACCGCCGUAAUGUCUCAAUACUGCCUUUCAAUUUGAUGAAAGGAUAAGACUAUUGGUUGCGAUGAUGACAUUAUCGGCUGCUUCGCGAUCGACGUAGGCUCAAAACAGUGCUGUAGAUGUCUCAUGUGAAAGAUUGUUUCAUAUUUUGGAUACCUGGCUCAAGUUUACUCUAAAUGUAUGUUGAGCCAGCCCAAAAAUAUGCGUCAUUGGUCG